CUACCAGGAAGCGGCCGGACGAGGCGUGAGACGCCGCGCAUGCGCGACAGCGCGGCCAGAGCGGAAGGGUGCGCGGCGCGCCUGCGCAGGGGAAUUCCGCCAGGCCCGCCGGACACCAACAUGGCGCCCUAGGUCCGCCGCACCAGCGCUACCGCGGGCAAGCGAGGCGGCCGCCGCCGCCAUCAUGUCCCGGCACAGGAACGUCCGAGGCUAUAACUACGACGAAGAUUUUGAAGAUGAUGAUAUGUAUGGCCAAUCAGUAGAAGAUGAUUAUUGCAUUUCCCCUUCAACAGCAGCUCAAUUUAUCUACUCCAGACGAGACAAACCAGCAACAUUUGCUGAGCCAUUAGAAGAAGAAUAUGGUUAUGAAGGUACAGAUGAUACUGCUGAUUAUUUUACAUCCAAUCAUCAGUUGACUGAAGUUGAUAGAGCCCGUCUUAAUUCAUGCCUUGAUCAAAUGAGAGAAGUUUUGGCAGAGUCUGUACCAGAGGAAACAAUGGUGCAAGCGGUACUGGAUAGUAAAUUUGAUGUACAGAAGGCUUUGGAUCUUGUGCUUUCACAAGGCACUAAGCAAAAUGUGAAGAACAAGAACGAGGAUGCUGUGAUUGUAGGAAAGACAACAAAAGGAGACUUACUUUGUUGUCCAGAAAUGUGUAUCGAUACAGGCAGUUUCUCUUGUGCAGUAGAAAAUGUUGCUGGGAACUCCAACAAACCUGGGUUUGGAAACUUGACAGCCGAAAGUGGUUCAGCUUGUUACUCUUUAAAUACAAAUGACAAAAUGUUCCUUAAUGCUGAAAAAUCCAAUAGACAUUCAUCUGAAAGGAAAGGAUUGAAAUCCUCUUCAUUUGCUCUGUCAUCUUCUUUCAGUGAUGAUUUGUGUAAAGGAUCGUUUUGUGACCUUGUAAAUAAACAGGCAGAGAAUCAACUGUCAGAAAAUGCUAAUGCAGUAAGUUUGAUUCCUGACAGUGAAGAUGUUUAUUUUAGCAUAGGAAGUAACCCAUCUGGAAAUUCUCCCUUUAAGAAGUUGGAAUGCAAGGAAACACAGGACUUGAAAUCCUUGCUGAUGCAGAAUGUGGUUUCUGAUUCUCUCAGUCCUGAAGACAGCAUUCCUCUUCUUUCCUCAAAUACUUCUGACUGUAAUAGUAAAGCAAAUUUUUAUGGUCCUCCAUGUUUAACAAGUGCUUUAGGAAAAUUGGCUCUUGAUAAAGAAGUGAGUCACACUGUAAACAGAAAGAAUGAACUUCUUGAAAAGUUUUCUUCACUUGCGCAAAAUAGAAGACAAGAAAGCCCCUCUUCAGACAUGGCUGCUUUGCCAGUGUUAAGGUCUGCGAGUACAUCAUUGGCUGACUUACUUCAGGAGCACCAGGAAAGCAGUGCCAGCCACUCUUAUUCUUUGGCUGAUCUUUAUACCAAAUCAACAGCAAGUCUCACUGAUAUGAAUUUGGGAACCUCACCAUUGUCACAACUAGUAAGUCAGCCCCAAACUUCAGGUGGGAUGCCAGAGUUAACAGUAUCUUUGUCUUCUCUUGCCCUCUCUAAAGUUUCUCCACUAAAGGAGGUUGAGAAUUUAUCACUCUCGGAUUUAAUAGCAGAGACUAUUGAAACAGACAAAACUCAACAAAAGAUGGACUUCCCCCUGCUCAAUGUAACUGAAUUGAGCCCCCCUAAAAGAACCAACAUUGAUUUAAGUGUCCUUGUAAAAAGUGCAAAUGUAUCUGCAGAAAAAAAUGUGGUAGGACAGUCAAAUAUCUUAAGCCCUGAAACCAAACUUUUAAAAGAAAAACAAGGAAAAUGUUCUGGUUUUGCCAAAACAAAUAAAAAAAAUAAAAGAGGGCUUACUCCUAAGAGGCAGGAUUUGUCCCUUUCAUGGAUGAAGGCACUUCGUGCGAGACCUUCAGCUUUUGCUUUAACCUUGUGUCUCCAUUAUCCUCCAAAAGGCUGUAAGCGCCGCACACUUGGUAUACAUAAAGCUUUCCUGUACAGUAGGCAAGUACAAGACAUAAAACCCAAGGAAACUGGUCCUAUAAUAGCCAUAACACCAUUUGAUUUCAAAUCAGCAUCUCCUGAUGAUAUUGUGAAAGCCAGCCAAAAAAAAGCAUUUACAAGAGAGUAGUAAGGAAAAAAAAAAUAUCAGUGUUUAUAUCUUGGUAUAUUUUAAAAAAUAAUUAAUUAUGUAGGACCUAUUUAUAAUCCAGAAUUGAUUUUAUUUUUUUAAUUGAUAUAUUACAGUUCUCACUGUUUAGUAAAAAAUUUGUAUGUGGACUUCUAAGCCGUUGCACUGAAUAUCUUUAUUUUUGCCUAAUUUUCACUGACAAUUUAACAUUUUUAACUUUUGCAAAGUCUUGAACUUUAGUAUAUGGAUAUUGCAUGCACAAAAUUCCAUAAACACCAUUAGACUUCUUGAAACAUCUCUCUAGGUGUUGAAGAUACAGUUCAUGGGGAAGAACACUAAAUUAUUAUUUUGUAAUGUAAUUUAGUUUUGCUACAUGGUGUAUAGUUUGGGGAGUGGGAACCUCGGUUUAUAUUACGACUGUUUUAUUAAAUGUUCUUAGAUUUUCUGAUAAGGUAUGUUAUUAAACUGCUAGUUUUGUAAUUGGUAUUUCCAGUCAAUGUCAUUAUUCUGUUUUUAUACUGAUUACAAUAUUGCAACAGAAAUAUCUAUAGUUUUUAAAAGCCUCACUAACCUCAGGUUUUGACAGUUUUAAUCACGGUAGGACAUGUAUAGUAGGACCAAAUUUGCAGGGAAGCAAGCAAUUAAAAUUGUGUGCCCCCCCUCCAAUCAACUGUCAAAAUGUGGUAUUCAGAAUUUUAAAACAGCUAUUUUGUGGGUAUAUACGUGUUGCAUGGGUUUCAUGAGAAAUUUCACUAGGAUUCUGUGGUUUAUUGUCAAGUUUUUCAGAAAAGUAUUGGAAUAACAAUUCUUUCAACUUUAGCAUGAGAGUCUCUGCUCAAUGGAAAAAAAGUCAGGCAAAGCAGAAGUGUUUGUGUCUGCCUGUUGUCUGUUUUGAAGAAAGCUUCCUUUAGUAAUGGAAAUAUGUUUUCCUCUUCUCUUUGUACCCAUUGCUGUUACUUUGAGUCUUUAGAUGGAAGAUCAGAAUCAGGACAUUCUGGACGUAUUUUUUGAGCUGAUAAUGACUGGAUUCUGGUGCCCCUUUUAGUAAAAUUAGUAACUGCGUGUAUGUUUCAACUUUCCUUUUAGUAUGUGUAACUACUUUUGAUGUAUUUCCAGUGUCAAAGUCAGUAUUUUAGAUCCUGAACAGCAAUAAGUGCAAUAAACGUACUGCUGCAACUAGAAAAAUGGUUGUUCAUAUACUACCAUACACUUACUCAUGCUAAACUUGGCAGCUAGUAUGGAACAGUAGAUACAAUUUUAAUUUAGUUCUAAUCUAAUUUUUGUUGAGCAUGUUACGUCAAAAAGGAGACAAAAAACUUUAGGCUGAUUCACAACUUCAGGUUGGACUACAAUUUUGUUUUAAAUAAAAAUAAAACGUUCCAGUCCUCUCAGGUACAAAUUUCAUGUUGUACAUAUUUUGCUUGUUUGUCUAGUUGAUGGUGUUGUCAUUUAGGACUAUGAGCAGUUUGACCUCUGACCUCCUGAAUGAAAUUAAUGUUUCUUACCCUUACUAAUAAAAGUUUUCUAUAAUGUCAGUGCUGCAUUGUUUAUGUUCUAGUUAAUGUGUUAAUCUAGUCAUGACCAUCUUUAUUUAUUUUGAGUGCCUUAAAACAUUGAAUCCUGUGUACAUACUGUGAUCUGAGAAGUUCAUGAGCAGAAGCGUAAUUGAUUGAUUUCUUCAGAAGAGUUCCUGUGGAAAUCCAGCUGAAACUGAUUGUAUACUGGUUGUUUUGUUAAUUAGUCUUUUUGUCCAAAAAGCAGAAUUUACUGCUAUGAAAUGCUUUUCAGCGGUUAGCUUCUCUGGCGUUAGUCCAGAUAUUAACUUCCCACUGCUUUAAAGGCCAAGUUUAUUUUUCCCACUGAGGAAAAAUGUCCUGUUUGGAGAUUGUAUAAUUGAAGUUCAGUUUUUCCAAAAUUGUGUGUAUGCUUCUAGUAGAGAAGUUCCAAUUUUUAUAAGUAAAAUAUGAGUGCAAAGUUUGGUGUUGUCAUGCCUGGUACAUUGUUAGCUGUUUUUGCUUGCUUAUGUUUGAAAUACUCUUGAGGCUCUAAUUAAUGUAGGUAGAGAUUUCUAGUACUUGCGUGUUUAGCUUCUUUUUUUUCCUAUUUAAAUCUCUCUUAUUCUUGUUGAACUUCUCUUUGGUUUUGGUCUGUUUUCACAUUCCUGUGUCUGUUCUUCUUUUCGUAAAACUUCUUAGCAUUUUUAAUAAUUUUUGAGCUUGAACUGGACAUAGACCUGAGUGUAUGUCCUAUGAUUCCAUUGGGAAGUAUGUACAAGUAGUAAGUGGCAAUGUGUGCUACCUGGAGCUCAGUUUUGCCAUAGGCUUCAUGCAUAUUCAAGUCUGAAUAAGUGACUGAAGCCAAAGAGCAUCAGAAUUAUAAAUUUAUCAGAGAUCUUACUGUGGGGUUGAUACGUUAUUAAACAACUUUAAAUCUUGUUAGGUAGCAAGAUUUUAAUAUAUAAAUACUUUUUAAUUUGUGUUUGUGUGAGUAUUGUUCAUGAUCUUAAAGAAGCAAUACAUGCUGUUCGGUGUAUAAGAAGUAGGGGAGGGAUUUUUCUUCAGUUUGCAAUCCUGAAUCCUGAAGUGAACCUUGAAUUAGUACAGAGCUGCAGGCUGAAUGCUGCGGAGGUGCCUCAGUGGUGGAUAAACCUGAAUUCCAGUUAGUUUUCAGUAGAGAUUAUUUAUUUCCAUGCCCAGAAAAUUUUACAGUUCUGUUUUUAUAAGCAAAAGGUAAUGUGUUACAUUUGCUUUUUAAAUGAACUAGGUAUUUUAAUAAUUUCUUUCAUUAUUCCUUAAUUUCAAUACUGAGAACUGGGUUUACGUCAUUAGUGAGAGGUUUCAUUGCCUUAGAAUACUGCAUGAUAUUAUGGUACAUGGCAUUUUUGUAUAAGAAGUCUGUGUUUGGGCCUUGCUCUGAAGUGUUUCUGCUUAAUGAAUGUUAGAAUUCUUGUUAACUAAAUCUGUCUAUUUUAUGCUUAACAGUGAGCUUAUUUUAUUGAUGGAUGUAUAAAACUUCUCUUCUCCCCCAUUUUGCAGCUAGUGUGUAUCUUUGUCCAAUACGGGUAAUUGUGUUGUUUUGGAAUUCACGUAUUAACAUUGCAAAGUACUUGUGUCUGUGUUUGCAUAUGGGCAUAAAUAAGAUAAUAUUAAACUACGUAGACAUACUAGUUUUGGUAUUUGGACUGUAUUCUCCUAAGGUAUUUUGUACAUUAAAUUUAUUUUGUACAUAAUUUUUAUGUGGCUGCUGACUGUUUUUAAUAUAAAAUUGCCUUGUGGACAUCACUUUGUGUACCUAAAUAAAAUGCACAUUCUUAAA